AUUAGCAUUUUUUCGUUAACAUUUCGUUGUCCUUUUUUUUUUAGCAGUCAAAGGUUUUCAAAAAUGGCAGCAAGAAAACAAAUGAAGAAAAAGGUACUAGAAGAGAAAACAGAGAAAAAUGUUUAUGAUUUUCCCGCCGGAGACGAUAAAAAGGAGCUCAGCGGCUCAGAGGAUGACAUCAGGGAAGAUGAAACGCCAAUUGUGGACAAGCUGUCAAAGAAAAGGCCUGCACCUGAUUUUGAUGAGGAGGGAACAGCAUGUGCCGUGGGAAAUGAAGUCCAGUCUAUGUUGGAGAAAUUUGGAGCUGAUAUAAGUAAAGUGAUGCAGGCCAAGAAGAAACGCCUGGAGUGUCUGACAAAAAACUACAUGAAGGGAAGCCAGCACAAGCUGGAGCAGCUGUGGACCAACUACCAUGGACAGAGGAAGAAGAUGACCCAGCAGUACCAUCAGCAGGUUUCUUCUGCGCUGCAGAUGUGGGAGGUUGAAGCUCAGCGAACCGAGGAGCAGGAGGAGAAACUCAAUAAUUUGUUUCGGCAGCAGCUGAAAGUCCUGCAGCAGGCCCGAGUCGUUCAGAACCAGAAGCUGAAAGCCGUCAGAGAGCUGUAUGAGCAGUUCAUGAAGAACAUGGAGGACAUGGAGAAAAACCACGAGAUGUUCCUGCAAGGAACGCAGCAGGAACUGAGGAAGGAGAUGGCCACCCUGCAGAAGAAGAUUCUCAUGGACACGCAACAGCAGGAGAUGGCCACCGUCCGCAAGUCGCUACAGUCCAUGCUCUUCUAACCUGCUGUUACCAUGGCAACUGUUCCAGCGUUUGAGUUUGUUGUUCCUUAAUGCAGCAACAUUUCGGUUACUGAACCACAUUGAUGUUUAUUUUAAAAAAAUUCAGAUUUUUAAAAGAUGAUGCAGUUUGUUUCAGCCCCUCUCACUCUGCUUUGUUUUUAUCGCCAGCAGGUGGCGCUGUGUUUAUAUCUGAAGUCACUUUGUAAAGAUGAGCUCUGUUGAGUGCCUGUUAAAUCUAACAAUAAAAAUUGAAUGUUUAAGUGUU